AUAAAAAGAAUAAUACAAGCCCAGGUUUUGUCUGCUGUUGUGAAAAUAACGGAAACAAUUAAUUAUGGACAGAAGUAUAUAGCUGAUCUCAAAUAUGUAAAUAAAGGAAGGCUUAUUGUUUCUGUCGAAAACACAAAAGGCAUCGAUCCUUCUUGCAUAUUAAGAGAUGAUUCCAUUCUAUUUCUAUCUACUCAUUGGUCCUGUUUGUGUUAUACAAAUGACGAGUUUGGUGAAGGAUUCAUUUUUUGGAAUAUAAUUGAGAGAUCAUUGAUUGAAUGUAGAAUCGAAAAUCGUAGCUAUAUAAGAUAUCCUUUGCCAGGUGAAACAUAUGCCUUUGAUAAAUUCCACAGUUUUUGGUUAUUGCCAGAUGACCUAACUGGUGGAUACACACCAAAUGGAUUAGCAAUGUGCAAAUUGGGAGCCAUUUUGGUUUGUCUGUGGAACAAUCAGGUACAUGACCGUUCUAUAGGUAAAGUACUAAAGUUAUCUCAUACUGGAAUAAGAGUGUUUGAAAUAAAAACCGACAAAAAUCGUCCACUUUUUAUCUGCCCAACUUACUUAACAGAAAACGGCAAUGAAGACAUAUACGUUUCUGAUGUGAAUGCUGUCGUCGUUACGGACACCAGGGGUUUUCUCAGAUUCCGGUACACAGGAGCACAAAGCGAUCCCCAGUUUGAUCCCUACGGCAUCUGUUGUGAUUCCAAGAACAACAUCAUUGUAGCGGACAUGGUGAAAAAUAGAAUUCAUAUGAUUGACCAGAACGGCGAGCUGCUUCACUACAUUCAGUAUAAAGACAUGCACAUGCCACGUGCUCUCUGUAUAAAUAAGCAUGAUAUCCUGUAUGUUGGAGAAUGGAUGUCUGAAGAAAUUAAAGUACUUUCACUUCUGAGCCAAUGACUGAAGG